UUAGAGUGGUUUGUUUGUGGCGGAAAAUUUGACUCGUGAGAUUUGGCGAGUGUUUGAGAGGAUUUCGCGUGAUUGAGUUAUAUGCUUGAACUUCAGUGAGUGUUCGCGAGAGUUCGCGAGAUUUCGGAAGAUUCAGUGAGGCGAGGUUAUUUAGCGAGAGUUUAGUGAGCUCUCACGAGAGUUUAGUGAGCUCUCACGAGAGCUUAGUGAGUUCUCACGAGAGUUUGGAGAGUUUGGUGAGUUCUCGUGAGUUCUCAUGAGUUAUCGCGGGAGUCCAGUGGGAUUUCGUGGGAGUAAAAUGGUGUUGGGCGAAAUUCGCCUCUAGGCAAUUUCAACCAAUCAGAUUGGUCGAAAUUGGGUGGUGCUUGACCACCAACCUAGAGUGACAAAUUUGUGGGGUCCUUUGAGAUUGGGGUCCAAUCAGGACCAAGUAAAGUGGUUGGAGGUGGUCAAAGGGCGAGUUGACCUUGGUACACCUCCCUAGAGAGUGGUGAAGCACCAAGAAACUUUGGUGCACCUCCCCUAGUCCCAAACAGGUGGAACCAAUCAGAUUUUGCCACUCCUAUCCAACCAUCCAACUACAACCGGUGCGCAUUCGACAAGCAAGCGACAGAGUACCGAAUUUCGGUGCACCACUCGGUUACGAAGCUGAGGUCAACUUCCUUCAACGCGGACCGCAGCAAAUACCGAAGCGCGAAAUGCUUCUACCUUGUUUGCUCGUUUGUUCUCGUCUGUUUAAAUAGGGGUGAGUUGCACUUGAAAUGUAUCACAAUUUCUAGUGAAUUCCUGCUUGGAAACUCAUGCUUUCUAGCAGAGAACAACUCCUACUUGCUAUUCUCAACCAUAGCAACGUCCUCCGCCGGAGGCGCUGCCAUAUUAAAGCUGGUAUCAGAGCCUCGUUAUAAUCACGUUCGUUAUAGUCUCACGUAGCGUGGCUUGAGGAUAGACGAGUAGAGAGGCGUAGCAACGUCUAGUCAUGGGGAAUGGCACGGAUGAGGCGAGUUCGAGCUCAACCGUGAGCAUUGAUAAGUCGGAGCUGAAAAGUCUUCUCGAGGCUCUAGCCAAGAGCCAAGAAGCCUUGGCCAAGGCACAAGUUGUGCCCAAGCCGACCAUCAAUCUCCCCGAGGCGCAACGCUUUGUUGGCAUGAACUAUAGCACGUGGCGGCUCAAGUUCAUUCGGCGCGCCAAGGAGGUUGGAUUGUGGAAGUACUACGACCAACAUGCCGUAGUACCGGACAAAACGGCUUCGGAUAAGGAGAAGGCGGUGUACAAGGAGAAGAGCGAGCACGCUCUCUUCCAACUUUGCAACUCGGUGGCGGACGGAAUCGCCAUCGGGAUGGACGACUUCGUCGAUGAGGUCAACGCCGCGCAACUCGGGUGGGAUCACAUGGACUCGCUCUACAUGGGCAAGACCGAGGCGAACAUGGCAAACGUGCGCCAAAAACUCAUCUUACUCCAUUUGAAGCCCAACGAAACAAUCGCGGAGUACGUGAAUCGUGCCAAGAGCUAUGGAGACGAGUUGAAGGCGAUGGGCGUACCCGAGACCGAGAAGCAAAUGAUAAGCUAUGUCAUCGGCGGACUACCGGACGAGUGGGAGGCGCACAAGGGCAACGUCUCGUGUAGCCGACCGAAGACAUUGACGGAGUUGGCGGAAACGCUUCAAUCAUUGGAGCUCAUCCGCACCAACACCAAGAACCGAAAGAAGCUCUUGGAAGAGCUUCUCGACGAAAACCCGGCGCUUGUCAAUGUCGUUGGAGCCGGAAAACCGAUGGGUGCUUGCUUCCAUUGCGGGAAGAAAGGGCACAAGGCGGUCGAGUGCUUCUCCAACCCCAAAAGUCCGAACUUCAAGGGAAGGAGGGUGCAACAUGGCGGUGGAACGAGUGGAGAAGGUCAACGCGGACGCGGAACCUUCCCCGGCACUUGCAACCAUUGCAACAAGUACGGGCACAAGGCAAUGGAUUGCUAUUCUAACCCGAAUAGCAAGAAUUUCAGGGGAGCAUGGCCACAAGAGAAGAUGUCAACUCCCGCCAAGGCCAACGCCAUGGAAGCCGAGAAAGCAAAGGAGAACGACGCUAUAAUGGGCGGAGCACACAAGGCGAAUGUGGCCCGCGCCUCAUCGGCGUGUCUCCUUGCCAAGGGACUUCAAAGCAAGGCGUGGUUCAUGGAUAGCGGAUGCACGCAACACAUGACCAACCGGGCGGCGUGGCUACAAAACUUCCGUAUGUCUACCGUGCCUCACGUACUUCUUGGUGAUGAUGGCCAACUUGAGGUGAAAGGGGAAGGCGACAUGGUGCUACAAAGUCCAUUUGGGGAGCUGAAAUUGGACAGCGUACUCUUCGUUGACAAGCUCUCCCUCAACCUCAUAAGUCAAACCCAACUUGAUGGGAGUGGGUGCAAGACUUUCAGCGACAACGGGAAGCUUUGGGUGUUUGGAUCCAAUUGGAAGAUGCUUGCCGAGGGAGAACGCAAGCAAGGGUUGUAUGAGAUGCGGGUGAUGGAGAAACCCAUGCCGGAUGCGAAGGUUACAUACCUCGACGAGCCCGAAGAAGGAAAGAAAGCAAGGGAGGAGCUUCUUUCCAAGAUGGAAGAAGCAUAUGGGCAUGAGUGGCAGCAACAAGCACUCAUGGUAGCGGCAAAACCGAAGUCGGUCGACCUCAACAUCAUGCAUCGAAGGAUGGCGCAUGCGAGCUCUUCUCGGAUCAAAGAACUCUUCAAAAAGGAGAUGGUCACGGGAGUCGAGCUAAAGGAAGACAAUGGUGUGGACGUGUCAACAUGCACCUCAUGUGUGGAGGGGAAGAACAAGAAGGCCCCUCAUCCGAAACAUGGAACUAAGGAGGAGCCAUAUGAGGCGAUGGAGAUUGUAGCGGCGGAUGUGUGUGGACCCAUGAGGGUUGCAUCUCGGCAUGGGAGCAAGUACUUCGUGACCUUCACCGACAUAGGCACGAGGAACACUUGGGUCUCGGAGAUCAAGGACAAAACUCAAGUCCUUGAGUGCUUCAAGGAAUGGUUAGCGGAAGCGGAGCGGCAAAGUGGCAAGCUACUCAAGGUCCUUCGAUCCGACAACGGCGGAGAGUUCGUCAACAAGGCAUUCGAUGCCUUCCUUCGUGAAAAAGGGAUCCGACGCCAACUUACCAUUCCCUACACACCCCAACACAAUAGCAUUGCGGAGCGGGUCAACCGCACACUACUCGAGGGCAUGAGGAGCAUGCUUUCCGAGAGUGGGUUGACCUUGGACUAUUGGGGAGAUGCGGUGGCGAUGGCAUGUUGGCUCAAGAACCGUAUGCCGACUAAAGGACUAGCGGCGGACAUCACCCCCCAUGAAGCCUUCUAUAAAAGGAAGCCCAACCUUGGGUUCCUUAGGGUGUGGGGAUGCAUGGUUCAAUACCGUGAGCCGACGGGACCGGAUCACAAGCUUCUCUCGAGGACCAAGUGGGGCGUUCACUUGGGACCAUCUACCGUGAGCAAGGGAUGGAUUGUGCGUGAUGUGGAGACGGGGAAGUUGGUGGCUACACGUGAUGGCGUCUUCUAUGAAGAAGUCAACUACAUGACUUGGAAGAAAGGAAGGAAGGACGACACGGUGAACCGCAUGCAUACAACUUCUCCAAUCAACGAGACAUCACUCUUUGAAGCCGAAAUGGAGGGACUUGGAGCUGAAUCCGAUUUGGAGGAGGUUGUGUUCCACGGAGCAUGGGAGCAUAACGCCUCACCUCCGAACCCCAAGGAGAGUGUGGAGACUUCCGAGGCACCCAACGACAAGGACAACGGUGUGGGAGCUGAAAGCAAUGAGGUGGAAGUUUUGGAAGCCGAGGAGGAGCAUGAGCCCAUGGAGGGAGCUAAGAGUACCACGGAAUCAAGUGGACCUUGGAGGCACAUGGGCUCUAAGGAGAAUGAGAAGGAGGUGGAAGAGAUUGAAGGGCUUCUCAAGGAAGGAGCCAUCUUAAUUGGACAAGAGGAAGAAGAGGAGAUGGAUAAUGAGGCAACGUCAACAUCAAAGGAUGCCGAACCCGACCCGGAGGAGGAGAGGAUGGGGAGAGGACGACGCAUCAAGAAGCCGAAUCCAAACGUGGUUGGCCCUCAAUAUGCCAACGCCAUCAUGACGUGCUUCAAGGACAUCCAUACCCACCUACUCCUCACCAUCUCGGCAACGGCAUUAGUUUCCAAGGCAACACGAGCAAAAUACAAUCUACCCGAUGAACCGGUCACCAUUGAAGAAGCACUUUCGGGGCCAUAUCACAAGGAGUGGAGGAAAGCCAUUCAAGAGGAGCUAGAUACCUUGGCGGAAAGGGGGACAUGGGUACUUGUGGAGCUUCCCGAAGGGAGGAGGCCGGUUGGAGUGAGGUGGAUCUUCAAGAUCAAAACGGGAGACUUGGGUCAACUCGAGCGCUUCAAGGCAAGGCUCGUUGCGAAGGGCUACACUCAAGUGGAAGGAGUGGAUUAUGUUGAAACAUACGCACCCGUGAGCAAGCUUACAACGGCAAGGACUUUGCUCAAGGUGGUAGCCGCUCGGGACUACCACUUGGUGCAACUCGACAUCAAGAAUGCUUUCCUCUACGGCGAGUUGCAAGAGGAAAUCUACAUGGAGCAGCCCCCCGGGUGUGAAGACGGCACCAACCGCAAAUGCAAGCUCAUCAAAGCUCUUUAUGGCCUUAAGCAAAGCCCACGUGAGUGGUACAAAGCCAUGGAUGAGCAUUUGAUUAAGGGUGGCUUUGAGAAAAGCCAAAGUGACCGAGCUUUCUAUUGGAGGGGAGAAGGGAAAGAGAAGGUCUUCCUCCUUCUCUAUGUGGACGAUAUUCUCGUGGCGGGAGCUCUUGAGGAAGAAGUAGAAGGCGUGUGCAAACAUCUUGCAAGCGUCUUCCACGUGAAGCAAAUUCCAAGGGCAUCCCUCUUCCUUGGAAUGAACUUGGAGCGGAGCCGAGAGGAGAGGAAGCUAUUUCUCUACCAAAAGAAGUACUCUCAUCGGUUGAAGGAGCGUUUUGGUGACCAUUUGGGAGCCAAACUCAUGGUGACACCCCUCAGCAGCUUGGCGGGCAAAGAGGUUGAUGUGGAAGAAGAGAUGGACGCAUGGGGCAGCCAAGAGAAGGCCUUGAAGGCCUAUCAAUGCAUGGUGGGGUCGGUGAUGUACCCCGUGUCGUGCACACGUGUGGAUAUCUCCUAUGCGGCAAGUUUCUUGGGGCAAAACGUUCUCAAACCCGAAGGGAGGAAGUGGAAGGAGAUGGAGAGGACCCUCACCUACCUUGUGCAAAGGGAGGAUGAAGGCUUGUUGUUUGAAGGAGGAGAAGAGAGCCUUGAGCUUGUGGGAUAUGCCGAUGCCUCACAUGCAUCGGACAAGGAGACGAGGAGGGGGGCAUACGGCUAUGUCUACCUCCUUGGUGGAACGGCCAUCAUGUGGCAAGCGAAGAAGCUUGAUGACAUUGCACUCUCAAGCGCCGAAGCCGAGUACAUGGCAUUGUUCUAUGCAUGCCAAGAGGGUGUGUGGCUGCGGCGUCUACUCAACGAGAUGGAUAUCAACAUGGAGGGACCGAUCACCAUCAAAAGCGAUAGCCAAUCGGCCAUUGCAUUAGCCCAAAACGACAAUUGGCACGGGCGCACCAAGCACAUGGACGUGAAGUACCAUUGGGUGCGGGAGCAACUGCAAAAGAAGGCAUUCGUCUUUGAGCAUGUGGGGACGAAGGAGCAACCGGCGGACUUCCUCACCAAAGUCUUGCCGAAAGAAAACUUCGAGCAUUGCAAGGAGCUUGUGGGCAUGAGAAAUAUUACAGCGUUGCACGAGAGCGGCAAGGGAAGUAUUUAAGUGGGAGGAGAAGCGCCAUCAAACAAACCACAGGGGAGGUUGUUAGAGUGGUUUGUUUGUGGCGGAAAAUUUGACUCGUGAGAUUUGGCGAGUGUUUGAGAGGAUUUCGCGUGAUUGAGUUAUAUGCUUGAACUUCAGUGAGUGUUCGCGAGAGUUCGCGAGAUUUCGGAAGAUUCAGUGAGGCGAGGUUAUUUAGCGAGAGUUUAGUGAGCUCUCACGAGAGUUUAGUGAGCUCUCACGAGAGCUUAGUGAGUUCUCACGAGAGUUUGGAGAGUUUGGUGAGUUCUCGUGAGUUCUCAUGAGUUAUCGCGGGAGUCCAGUGGGAUUUCGUGGGAGUAAAAUGGUGUUGGGCGAAAUUCGCCUCUAGGCAAUUUCAACCAAUCAGAUUGGUCGAAAUUGGGUGGUGCUUGACCACCAACCUAGAGUGACAAAUUUGUGGGGUCCUUUGAGAUUGGGGUCCAAUCAGGACCAAGUAAAGUGGUUGGAGGUGGUCAAAGGGCGAGUUGACCUUGGUACACCUCCCUAGAGAGUGGUGAAGCACCAAGAAACUUUGGUGCACCUCCCCUAGUCCCAAACAGGUGGAACCAAUCAGAUUUUGCCACUCCUAUCCAACCAUCCAACUACAACCGGUGCGCAUUCGACAAGCAAGCGACAGAGUACCGAAUUUCGGUGCACCACUCGGUUACGAAGCUGAGGUCAACUUCCUUCAACGCGGACCGCAGCAAAUACCGAAGCGCGAAAUGCUUCUACCUUGUUUGCUCGUUUGUUCUCGUCUGUUUAAAUAGGGGUGAGUUGCACUUGAAAUGUAUCACAAUUUCUAGUGAAUUCCUGCUUGGAAACUCAUGCUUUCUAGCAGAGAACAACUCCUACUUGCUAUUCUCAACCAUAGCAACGUCCU